GAAUCUGCGUAAUUAAUACGCUCGGAGAGAGAUAAGGCGUCGUAACACUGACGGCGUUAUGCGACACCGUCUGAUCGAUGGCUCGGUGCUACAAAACAUCCCGAACACUGGAAUUAUCCCAAUGUUGGGCUCGAACGCACCUGAACUCUUAUUUCCGUGUAAAAUAAAGUAAACUACGGAAUACGUGUGAUGAACUGAUCAGGAGCUGGUUUUCCGUUUCACUCGGUGUGGCGUGGCUGGGCUCGAUCUGUGUGAGGAUCACUUCCAAACUAAAUCAGUACCGGGACGCGUGUAAAUGAUUGGAUUUAAAGACCGUAACACACUAGUCAGCUAACGUUACUUCCAACUGCAAACAUGGAGACUAAAUUUAAGACUGCAGCUCAGACUGCUCAGGACUUGGAGCGAGAAAGACAGUACUGUGAACUUUGUGGGAAAAUGGAGAAUCUCCUAAAGUGCGGCCGGUGUCGAACCUCGUUUUACUGCAGCAAGGAGCACCAGAAGCAGCACUGGAAAAUGCACAAGGUGAAUUGUAAAGAAUCCGAGGUAAAACCACAGGUUUCAAAACAGAAGUGUGCUGAACCUCAGGCACCGUCCGGGCGGAUAGAGGGACAGACACUACCGUCACCACAACUAAAGACACGCGUCCAACCCGACAACACCGCAUCUCCCAGCGGAGAGACAAGAAUGAAAGGUUUUAUAACUAACGCAGAGUGCGCUGGCUCCUCGGUCGGGAAACCAGGCGGGUCGAACACCAAACCCAACGGACAGACCACCACCCGGUCCACGCCUCAGAAUCUCGCCAUUGAGUACAUCGUCCCGUGUAUGAUAAAACAUGGGAUAUGUGUCGUUGACAACUUCCUCGGCGGUGAAACGGGGCUGGCCAUCUUGGAAGACGUCAAAUUGUUGCAUAAAACCGGGAAGUUUACCGACGGUCAGUUGGUCAGUCAGAAAACGGACUCCACUAAAGACAUUAGGGGAGAUAAGAUCACAUGGAUCGAGGGCCGAGAGACCGGAUGUGAGAAGAUCUGCUUCCUCAUGAGCCGGAUGGAUGAUCUGGUCAGACAUUGUAAUGGUCAGCUGGGAAACUUUACAAUAAAUGGAAGGACUAAAGCGAUGGUGGCGUGUUACCCAGGCAACGGGACCGGAUACGUACGCCAUGUGGACAAUCCGAAUGGAGACGGGCGAUGUGUCACCUGUAUAUACUACCUAAAUAAAGACUGGGACACCAAGGAACAUGGGGGUGUUCUGCGUAUCUUCCCAGAGGGUAAAGCUCAGUUUGCCGACAUCGAGCCUACGUUUGACCGGUUGCUGUUUUUCUGGUCAGACAGACGGAACCCACACGAGGUCCAGCCCGCCCACGCUAUCAGGUAUGCCAUCACAGUGUGGUAUUUUGAUGCUGAUGAGCGAGCCAGGGCUAAAGAGAAAUACCUAACAGGUAAACCUCUUACUAUGAGGAUAUCACUGUAUGUACCGUAAAACGUUCAUUAAUUGCCUAGGCAUUUAUUUAAUUCAAUGAUUGAACACAACAGGCGCUUAUUAGAGACAGGCUUCUAUUUAGAGACGGGCUUCUAUUUAGAGACGGGCUUCUAUUUAGAGACGGGCUUCUAUUUAGAGACGGGCUUCUAUUUAGAGACGGGCUUCUAUUUAGAGACGGGCUUCUAUUUAGAGACGGGCUUCUAUUUAGAGACGGGCUUCUAUUUAGAGACGGGCUUCUAUUUAGAGACGGGCUUCUAUUUAGAGACGGGCUUCUAUUUAGAGACGGGCUUCUAUUUAGAGACGGGCUUCUAUUUCCUUAAUGCACAUAACUUUUUCUCAAUAAAAUGUUGAAAAGACCAACCCACUGUUUAUUGUUACCAGUAUAAACAUUAUAAUAACACAAUUAUUAUCUAUCGCAGAUCAGACUUACAAAGACUAGGCUGUCUAUCAUACACCCAUGAAUUUGAUGCUGUGUUUUCUUGUUGGUGGCGCCAUGGCUAGCAACGAUGACAGAACAUUCUUUUUACAAAUGUUUUUAAUGCACAUGCCUGUGGAAAUAUAAUAGUUGUGUCCAUGGUAACCUGGUAAACACUUUUAUUUCGACCCGGUGUUUAUUUGAAACAGCCGAUGCCCAGCUUUUAAAAGGGACAGGCGGCUGUUUGAGACUCUGCGUUUAAUUAAAGUUUUAUGUUUUAACACCUUUCCAUAAACCUAGGAGAAUCAUCUCGCUGUCAGCCUCUACUCUAAGUCUGUGUCUGUCUGCCUGUCUGCCUGUCUGUCUGCCUGUCUGUCUCUGUCUGUCUGUCUGUCUGUCUGUCUGUCUGUCUGUCUGUCUGUCUGUCUGUCUGUCUGUCUGUCUGUCUGUCUGUCUGUCUGUCUGUCUGUCUGUCUGUCUGUCUGUCUGUCUGU